AUGGAUUUCAUCCCACUCCUCAUCCGUCCGACGCUGAAGACCGUCUAUGUCACGAAACCGGUGUUCCUCACCAGAAACGUCAAUCCGCAUCUGCUCAGGAAUGCACUGUCUUCCUGUCCAGGCCUAUUGCACCUCACUAUCUCCGCAGAGAAUGGCAUCGAGAGCACGAAUAGCCCAGCAUCACUUUCUCCCCAGCUGCUCCUUCCAUCUCUUCAAACACUAGCCAUCCGUGCUACUGAAAAAAGCACGGCGUUCUACCUUAACUCCCUCACCUUCGGUCCACACACGUCGAUCGAGCUCCGGGUUCCCAAUCCAUCCGAAAUAUUGAACGGCCGUGGUAUGCUUCCCGAUCGGGAUCUCCUCAGCGACUUUGCUCGCCCAGUCGUCAGUGUCCGCAUCGCCGACUACUGGCACAGGAUGCAUUCGGAGGCCUUCACCGAGCUGCGCGACGCCAAUCAAAAACGCGUUCUCCGGGUCGUUCUAGAGUACAAGCUCCACCUCUUCCGCCCCCCGUACGACCGCCUCUUAUCCGGCUCCGAAUCCGUCCGCGGCAUCACCCGUCUUACCGUGCGCACCGUCGAAGCCCCGAGGGCCGCCCUCUUCGACGCCCUCCCACACCUGACCUUCCUCGACGUCGGCGGCCCCGGCGUCGGCACGACCCUCUCCAUCCUCAAAGCGACGCUGCCGCGGUCUGGGGCCCUCGCCGUCGAACAGCCGCUGCCGCAGCAGUCCACCCUGCGCUGCCCGCGCCUCGACACUCUGGUCGCCACCUUCGACCACCUGCCGGACGGUCUGCGUUCCCCACGCCUCGACAGCGUAAUCUCCACCUUCGAUCGCGGGCUGCAUGCGUGGGACUUUCCCCGGGCGAACGAGUUAGCGCGCUUGCGGGGGUGGAACGCGCGGUGCGCGGUGCGCGCGCUGGUCGCGACGCUUGAGACGCGAGCGGCGAGCGGCGCGCGGCUCUCCCGGCUGGUGUGGGGCGUGCGCUCGCAGACGGUCGGUGAAGUGGAGAGGGAGACGGGGCUGUGGGGCGCCGUUUCCAUGAUCCCGCGCUCUUUCGACAGAGGGGCUCGCGCUUGGGUGCUACCGGGAGACGAGGAUGCUGAAGAGGAUGCGGUGGAUGGGUUUGAGUUGGACCGCCUGCGUGGGUUGGUGAAUGGUUCGGUCGAGCGCAGGAGCUAA